CCACUAAAAAUCUAAAAUCACACACACUCUGAACCUAGAAUCACUCUGCAUCUCACAUUCAUUUCUGCACUUCUAUAUACAUACAUAUGUACAUAUAAUAAAACCCUGUAUAUAUUGAAUUGUUACCAAGUUGAUAGCAAUGAAAUUAGCUUCAAUAAUACAAAAUGGAAUGCAACCCUCAAUUCAUCAUCAAAUUGAUGUGGGUUUUCUUAAAUAUCCUUGUUCUACGAAAUGGGUCAAUCUUCAAAUCAUUAAUUCCAACAAUCUUUCAGGUGUUUGCAGUAGGAAUAGGUGGGCCCGGAAGUUACAGGUUGUAUGUGCAAAAGGGGUUGAACAAGAAGAGCAAGAAUUUGCUUCUUCAGAUAAGGAGACAUCCUCGUCCAAUUCAUAUGGUAAUGCUAAAUCCAAAGGCCAUCUCAGUGUCAAUAAUGAUUUAGAUGAGAAGACCAAGGAUCUUGAAAGUUACAAGACCUCGGUUACAACUGUAGCCUUGUGUGUGUUCUCAGCUGUGGCAUUUGGAGUUGGCGUGGGAUUAAAAGAGGGGAUUGGCAAGGCAUCAGAGUUCUUUGCUGGGUACUUGCUUGAACAAAGCUUGUCUGUGGAUAAUCUUUUUGUCUUUAUCUUGGUAUUCAAAUACUUCAAGGUGCCACCUGCUUAUCAGAAUCGGGUACUUUCAUACGGUAUUGCUGGUGCAAUAGUGUUCCGCUUAUCAUUGAUACUUCUUGGAACUGCAACCCUUCAGAGGUUCGAGGCAGUGAACUUGCUACUGGCGUCAAUACUUCUGUACUCGUCUUUUAAGUUGUUUUUUGCAUCUGAAGAUGAUGAUGAUGAUCUAUCAGAAAAUUUUAUUGUGAAGACAUGCCAAAGGAUCAUUCCUGUAACAUCUGCAUAUGAUGGCAAUAGGUUUUUUACAGUUGUUGAUGGAGUUUGGAAAGCUACACCUUUGCUUCUGACUGUUGCAGUCAUUGAACUAAGUGAUAUUGCAUUUGCAGUUGACUCUAUACCAGCAGUAUUUGGUGUUACAAGAGACCCCUUCAUUGUCUUCUCAUCUAACCUCUUUGCCAUUUUAGGUUUAAGGUCUCUAUAUACACUGAUUUCAGAAAGUAUGACAGAGUUGGAAUAUCUACAGCCUUCCAUUGGCAUAGUUCUCGGCUUUAUUGGAAGCAAGAUGAUCCUGGAUUUCUUCGGGUACCACGUAUCGACUGAAGUUUCCCUCGGCUGUGUGGCAACUACCCUUAGUGCUGGGGUUCUGUUGAGUAUAUUGAAGAAAUCAGAUUAGGACGGUCAAGUAUGCACGUGGGCACCCAGCAGCUGCAUGUUCUCUCCGUUCUUGAUAAAAAAACGAAAGAGAGAAAAGAAAAAAAAAAAGAAAAAAGUAGAAAUAUACAUAUUACAAGUGAACUUCAAGAUGUUGCAUGUUUUAUAACAUGUAAAGAAUAAGAACCCUGAUCAUAAUCUAUGAAGAACACAAUUUUGCUUUGUUCA